CCCAGCAAAGCAAGAAGCAGCCUAACAACAGCUGGGUCCUUGCAAGACUGGGAAGAUGUUGCUCCUGCCACCUCCUCCUCCUCUUCAGGGCUCCCCCUCAGCCUCCAAGAGGAUGCCACUGCUGCUGGCUGCUGCAGGUGGGCUGAGGAGGAAUGCCAGCCCUCCAAGCCCCCCGAGGCUGCCUCUGCUCCUGCACUAAGACCCUCCCCCCUUUUUGACCUCAAAGGGAGGGGGCUCCUAUUAUAGCAGCCCUCCUUUCCUCUGGGUGUCUAAGGUGCAGUGCCUGGGCUUUGGGUGGCGUUUGCCUCCCUAUAAACCAGGAAAGGUGGACCCUGCUUUGGAGGAGGAGGAGGAAGGGGUUGGUAGAGGAUGCCUCCUCGGUUGAAGCAGGGGCGGUGGGGGGUCUCCCCUCGCUCCAUUUUCGCCUUCGUCUUCUUCUUCUCCUUCUCCUCCUCUUGCCUCUAUUUCAUCUACGUGGCUCCUGGGAUAGCAAACACCUAUUUAUUUAUGGUACAGGCACGAGGUAUAAUGUUGAAAGAAAAUGUGAAGACAAUAGGACAUAUGAUCAGAUUGUACACUAAUAAAAAUACUACCCUCAAUGGCACAGAUUUUCCUGAAGGCAACAAUACAAGUGCUAAUCUUGCUCAAACUGUGAUGUAUCUUCCUGAAAAUUUCACUUAUUCUCCUUGCCUACCUUGUCCAGAAAAGUUGCCCUACAUGAGAGGCUUUAUUGAUGCCAAUAUGACCGAAAUUAGUUUGGAAGAAAUUCAGCAGAUGUUUUCAAAAGAUUUAGACAUUGAACCAGGUGGUCACUGGAAGCCAAAAGACUGUAAACCACGCUGGAAGGUUGCAAUACUAAUCCCUUUCCGUAAUCGCCAUGAACAUCUUCCAAUAUUUUUUCGACACUUGAUACCAGUGUUACAAAAACAGAGGCUGGAAUUUGCUUUUUAUGUUGUUGAGCAGACUGGAGCUCAGCCUUUUAACCGAGCAAUGCUUUUUAACAUUGGCUUCAAAGAAGCCAUGAAGGAUGGUGAUUGGGACUGUGUAAUCUUUCAUGAUGUGGAUCACUUACCUGAAAAUGAUCGAAAUUAUUAUGGUUGUGGAGAGAUGCCACGUCACUUUGCGGCAAAACUGGACAAAUAUAUGUACAUUCUUCCAUACAAUGAAUUCUUUGGUGGUGUAAGUGGACUAACAGUAGAACAAUUCAAAAAAAUCAAUGGAUUUCCAAAUGCUUUCUGGGGAUGGGGUGGAGAAGAUGAUGACCUUUGGAACAGGGUUCACUACGUAGGAUACAAUGUAACAAGACCAGAAGGAGAACUAGGGAAGUACAAAUCUAUUCCUCAUCACCACAGAGGAGAAGUUCAGUUCCUAGGACGAUAUAAACUGUUAAGAUAUUCCAGAGAACGCCAGUAUAUUGAUGGAUUGAAUAAUCUGUUAUAUAUACCAACUAUUCUUGUCAACAGAUUGUAUACAAAUAUAACAGUAAAUCUUGUACCAGAACUAGCUCCUGUUCAAGACUAUUGAUGGGAUUUGAGAAUAAACAAUUGGAUGAAAAAACCCCUAUCACUGGAACAUAUGAAGUCAACAUUACUGUACUAAGUUUAAAGCCUCACAUCUCAUAUCUCUCAAUAUGUAAGAAAAAAAUGACUUUAUGACCAUAUGCUAUUUGGUGCAAAGAAAUCGUGGUGGCUGCUACUUAAAAUGUUUACAUCAUGAAACUUAAGAAAUGUUCAAGCCUGAUUUUGUCACUUUUUUCUCAACUGAAGCCACUUUCACUUAUAGUCAACAAAUUGAUAGUUUGUUCAGAAGCCAAUAAAAUGUAAUCUCCUAAGAAACUGUAAUUAAAAAUGAAAGGUUUUAUAUUUUCCAUAUUAUGUAAAUAUUGGUUAUAAAUCAAUGUGCUUUUGAAUACCACAAUGUUCAUGGCUUCUGCAUGUGCUUAAAAGUAUUUCUUUUCAUUUUCUCCUGGAUUUUGGCAUGAUGCCUAAGCAGUGGAUUCUAUACAAAGCUUUUUGACUGGUAUAUAAUGAAGGACCAAUUUAUAAAUGUAGGUUGACCAUGACUGUAAAUUUUUACACUACUUUUGCGCAUCAGGCCUUAGGUAUACACCUUCUGUACAUAUGAUUUGACCAUCAAUUUUUCUGGGAAUUUUUAUGCCAUGAUUCCUUAAUUAUUCUUGAAAUGAUAUUGUUUAUGCAUAUUGCAUGUAUGUUACAGGAAUCAAUCCAUAAAGGAUAUUGCAUUUCAUUAUGUUAUUUACAAAGUGCCAGUAGUGUUAGUGUUAGAUUUAUAUCUAAGCAUACUGUUAAUGGGUCCAGAUUACAUUUUGUAGUCAUUUAAAAGGCAAUUUAAAUCCUUCCAAAAUAAAAAGAACAAACUAAAGUAUCUUGUUGAGAAGAUUAAUGAGUAAUAAAGGGAGUAGAGUGAUGGAGAAGACUUUAUAUCCGUAGAAUAUUCAGAAUAAUUGCAGUUGGUAUAGCUUUAUUUUCAUUAACUGGAAUUUGCCCACUGACAAAUGUUUUGAAAAUUCAGGCCCGAUUUAGACGGGCCUUUGCGGCGCCCCCGUCACGUGCUAGGGGUAAGCCAAGGACGCACCAUCCAUAUUGGCCUCACCCCUAGCACGUGACGGGUGUCAAAAUGGCGGCGCCCUGUACACACAUGACAGACGUAGCGUCCGCAUGUCCUGGUGCCUUUGUGAAGCCACAAGUGCGGCAUUGGUGCAUUGUGGCGUCACCAAGGUACCGCAAGAAGAACCCACUUUUUGCAGCUUCUUUUCGUUCCGCACCAGAGCUGCACGAUUUGGCCGUUGCGGCUCCCUCACGGAGCAAACCUUUUUGGGUGGUCUGUAUCCCGCCAUAGAGUACACUAAUUCACAUAAGUGCUAAAAGUCCCCCCUCCACUUUUAAAAGGAAUGUCACUGUACUUUGUGCAACAAACCAAGUCUGUUCUCUUCAUGACUUAUAGAUAUAGUGAUCAUUUUUACUAUUUUACAGGUUGUUCUAAUCUCUUAUUUCCUUUUGCUCAAUACUUAAGGUGUGUAUAUCCACCAGUUUCUAUGGAAUGAGUGAAGGUUGUGGGAAAGCAUCCUUUUUAUUGAGCACUAUUAUUUAAUAUCUUCAUAUACUUGUGUUGGCAAUUCUGUGUGAAAUGUCAUGUCCUGGUUUUAAUUUAAAACAGGCAUUUCAGUAUUGAAUGUGAUGAUUUUUUUAUUAUUAUUUUUUUUUUUUUGCUAACUGUUGCCUAGAUUCAGCAAUUUGAGUACCAAAGAACUUCUUCUUUCCCCUUAAACUUUUAAAGCAAGAGCAAACAGAAUACAAAUAAAACCACUAAUUUAUAUAUUAGAUUAGCACCCCAGUAUAUGCAUUAAAACUUUUGGGAUCUAACUUGUCUACGUUUGUUUAAAGAGUCCCAUCAUAAUACAUUAUUACAGGCAUCUUAUUAUUAGACCUCAAAAGGUACACAUGAAAUACCAGAUAGUUUGUAAAAAUUAUAUAGGUAUUUUAUUUUAAAUGACUAGGCACCUUACUGAAAUAAAAAUGGUAAGUUUUUCAUCCAUCAGCCUGUAAUUUUAAGAGGGUGUGACAAAUCAAACAUACAAAAAUUCUUUAAACUGAAAUCUAGAUUUUCACAAGAUUUGUCCUCCUCCUCCACUUGCAAUUUUUAAAUGACUUUUGUCGAGCUAAACAAAUUACUUAUUAUAUACUGCGCUAAUUUGAUGUGGCCAUAUUGUUUAAAUGAAAAGGCUUAACUUAAAUAAUGCCAAUUUAUUAACUAAUUUUUAUAAUAAUAAUAAUAAUAGGU